AUGCCAAUCUCUCGUUAUUUAGUUUACAUUUACACUUCUAUCUAUCUAUCUAUCUAUCUAUCUAUCUAUCUAUCUAUCUAUCUAUCUAUAAUGAAUCUCUCUCUCUCUCUCUCUCUCUCUCUCUCUCUCUCUCUCUCCAGCUUUGAUAGAGUUCAAAAGCGUCUCCGAGACCUUUGUGAACCUCUAUCAUACAUAUUUAUUUCCACGAUAUCUUGUUUAUCGCUUGAAUUGUUGUUCAAUUUUUAUUCCCGUCCCUUCCCAACACACAUUUUCCUACCUUCGUUCCCUUCCUUCUUUUUUUCCAUUUCCUUCCCAAAACACAUUUUCCUACGUUCGUUUUCCUUAUAUUUUUCUUCCUUCCCCUUUCCCACACACAUUUUCUUAUGUUCAUUUUCUUUCUUUUCUUUUCUUUCCUUCCUUCACACAUUUUACUACGUUCAUUUUUUACUUCUUCUUUUCUUCCUUUCCUUUGACACAGAUUUUCUUUUCUUUCUUCUUUUCUUCCUUUUCCUUCCCGACACAUUUGUCCUAUGUUCGUUUUCUUUUCUUCUUUUUUCCUUUUCCUUCCCGACACACAUUGUCCUAUGUUCGUUUUUUCUUCUUUUUUCCUUUUCCUUCCCGACACAUUUGUCCUAUGUUCGUUUUUUCUACUUUUCUUCUUUUCCUUCCAUUGUCCUAUGUUCGUUUUCUUUCUUCUUUUCUUCCUUUUCCUUCCCGACACACAUUGUCCUAUGUUCGUUUUCUUUCUUCUUUUCUUCCUUUUCCUUCCCGACACACAUUGUCCUAUGUUCGUUUUCUUUCUUCUUUUCUUCCUUUUCCUUCCGACACACAUUUCCUUCGUUUUCUUUCUUCUUUUCUUCCUUUUUCCUUCCCGACACACAUUGUCCUAUGUUCGUUUUCUUUCUUCUUUUCUUCCUUUUCCUUCCCGACACAUUGUCCUAUGUUCGUUUUCUUUUUCUUUUUUCUUUUCCUUCCCGACACACAUUUCCUAUUUCGUUUUCUUUCUUCUUUUCUUCCUUUUCCUUCCCGACACACAUUGUCCUAUGUUCGUUUUCUUUCUUCUUUUCUUCCUUUUCCUUCCCGACACACAUUGUCCUAUGUUCGUUUUCUUUCUUCUUUUCUUCCUUUUCCUUCCCGACACACAUUGUCCUAUGUUCGUUUUCUUUCUUCUUUUCUUCCUUUUCCUUCCAGACACACAUUGUCCUAUGUUCGUUUUCCUUCUUCUUUUCUUUUUUCCAACCAUUCAGAAAGACUUUCCUUUAUUUCAACUUUAUCCUUCUACCUUUUAUACUAACAAUUUUUCAAAUAAUAUUCUUCAGAAUCCCUUUUACUUUCAUUCCUUUUGCUUUGCUUCCACCGGAGUUAUUAAUGAACCUACACGUAUCUAUCUAUCUAUCUAUCUAUCUAUCUAUCUAUCUAUCUAUCUAUCUAUCUUCAAAGCAUAUCCACACAUGCGCACACACAUAA